CACCAGCACUAUACUGCAAUUUCCCGCCUGGGCCUCAUUUCCCGCUCUGUCAACCCUAACUCCUCAGCUGGGUCAUAGCGAAUGGGGCAGAAGAAGCUAUCGACUUCGGAUCCCAGCAAUGAAACGAAGAAGAAGCGGCGAGUUGGCUUCUCCGCUGUUGAUGCUGGAGUUGAAGCCAAGGAGUGCAUAAAAAUCUUUCUAGUUUCGAGCAAAGAGGAAUUUAGCACUCCAGAGAACUUUGUCAUUGACCCUGUGGACUUGAAUAGUUUUUUUGAUGAUGAUGGGAAAAUCUAUGGUUACGAAGAUUUGAAGAUCACUAUCUGGGUUAGCAGCGUGUCCUUUCAUGCCUAUGCUGAUAUUAAGUUCCAGAGUUCAUCUGAUAGAGGAAAAGGAAUCACAGAUCUGAAAUCUGCUCUUCAGAGAAUUUUUGCUGAGACUCUUGUUGAGAGCAAAGAUGAAUUUCUGCAAACAUUUUCAGCAGAUAAAGAUUUUAUUAGGACAACCAUCUCAAAUGCAGAGGUUUUAAAGAACAAAGCUUUAAAUGGCCAUGUUACUCAUUCUAAUUGUCAUGCUGAAGCAGCUGCUUUGGAUUCCGAGGUUGUCCGUAUGGUUGCAGGCAGCAUGGCUACUGGGCACCUUUACAGUCGCCUAAUACCCCUUGUUCUCCUUCUUGUUGAUGGGAGUAGUCCUAUUGACGUCACUGAUCCAAGAUGGGAACUCUAUCUCCUGAUUCAGAAGAAAAGUGAUCAGCAAGGAGAGACCCAAUGCAGACUUAUUGGUUUUACUGCUGUUUAUCGAUUUUUUCACUAUCCUGAUGGUUCUCGAUUGCGUCUAAGUCAGAUACUUGUAUUGCCUCCCUACCAACACAAGGGUUAUGGUCGGUCUCUUCUGGAGGUGCUAAAUAAUGUUGCCAUAUCUGAAAAUGUUUUUGACUUUACUGUAGAAGAGCCAUUAGAUCACUUCCAGCAUGUUCGCACUUGCGUAGACACACUUCGCCUGCUUCAUUUUGACCCAAUCCAACAUACUGUUUCUUCCGCUGUUUCAUUUCUAAAGCAAGGAAAAUUAUCCAAGAAAGUGCACUCUCUUCGGCUCUUACCACCCCCAAAUGCUAUUGAGGAUGUUAGGAAAAGCCUGAAGAUUAACAAGAAGCAAUUUCUCCAGUGCUGGGAGGUGUUAAUCUAUCUGGGCCUUGACCCUGCUGAGAAGCACAUGGGAGACUUCUCGAGCAUUAUUUCAAGCCGAGUCAAGUAUGAUAUCCUGGGGAAAGAUUCUGGAACUUCUGGGAAGCAACUUAUUGAAGUACCAUGCGAAUGUGAUCCGGAGAUGUCUUUUGUCAUGUUCAGAUCAGCAGCAAACGAAUCUAGUACUGUGCAGAUGGAUGACAAUCAGAAAAAUCAGGAAGAGCAACUCCAGAAGUUGGUACAGGAGAGGUUGGAUGAGAUUAAGUUGAUUGCUGAGAAGGUAACUCUGCAUCGUGUAAAGUGUUAGGUUUCCUAAUCAUGCAGCUACUUUACACUCUUCUUAGUUAGGGGGUAGUUUCAUGGUUCAAUGGGCUUCGGUUUCUUGUAUUGUUUGUGUAAUUUCGUGAAACGGGUACAAAUUGAGCAUCUAACCAUGUUACCAGAAUUGAAUGGGUGCUUGCAAUAGACAAUAUUAUGCCUUUAAUGUUAGACAUUUGGGAUCCUAAUAUUAGUAUUGUAAUGUGAUCCGUUAAUGACACUGAUUACACUAGUGCAUGGUGUUUCAGUGCCUGAUAUAGUAUUCUGGUUUUAAAUAUAAAACUCAUUUUAUAGUGUAA